UCCAUCCAUCCAACCAAGACUACACGGUGCUGCGCUUGGGCUCUGCUCUCUCUCUUUUCUUUCGAAACUUUUCCUGCUUUCCACCGUAUGAUUUUUGGCGCAUCUAUUCAACUCGCCAAGACUAAAAACAGCGCUUUCCCCAUCCGAUCGUCCAAGCACGGCCUCGUCGGAUUAAUGGCAGAGAAAGCCAGCGACCUUGAGCGCGGCCCUGUUGCGUACGGCGCGGUGUUGUGUUGUCAUUCGACCGCUUGUUGCGUGCCUCAGUCGGUGGCGCUCCAAAGGGGACACCGUUUCGCUGGAGCAUCGGACGCUUGCAUGAGUCAAUGCGAGCCCUACUGGGGGAGGGAAUGCCGCUUCCUGACGGCGCUCUUCAACGACGAUGUGUCGGUGGCCAGCAGUCUCCUGGAAGGGUUCGACGGACCCCAGGUCGACCCCGACAUCCGCAUUCGAAUCGGCGGCGACUUCAAGCCAGCCGUGUGCAUCGCCGUCGAGAGGGACCACCUACGGCUGACCCGGCUGCUAAUAAAGUAUGGCUGCAGUUUGAACCAGGUGGGACUGAACGGGGUUUCGGUGGUCCACACCGCGGUGCUGCGUCAAAACCUGCCCAUGCUGAAGCUGCUGCUCGAAAGCGGUGCCAGCGUUCACUCCGUGGAGCGCGGUGGAAGGAUGGCCCUGCACUUUGCUGCUAGUAGCCGCGGUGACAACAGCCUCGAGAUGCUGGAGCUUCUGUUGGCGGCGGGGAGCCGCCUGGACUGGCGGGACAAAAACGGCUCGACGCCCCUCUCCCUGGCUUGCAGUGCCGGUCACUGUUCCUUGGCGACUCGUCUGGUGUCCCUGGGCGCCAACGUGCGGAUCGGCGACGACAUGGGAAACUUGCCGCUGCAUCAUGCAUGCAUGUCUAGGCCCUGCUGCAAUGCACUCGUCGAGAAGCUACUUGACGCAGGUUCACCGGUAGACCAGCCCAACAAGUAUGGCCUGACCGCCCUAACCUACGCCAUCGUGUCAAAAGCAGACACUUCCGUUGUCUACUCUCUCGUGUCCCGGGGCGCAGACCCAGACGUCCACGUGGAAUGGCUGCACAAGACGUUGCUCCAGCUUGCCGUCUUGGGUGGCGACGUCGAGAAGGCGUGCACGUUGAUUCGCUGCGGGGCCUCGCCCUCGACCGGCAACUCGGAGGGCGAGAGCGCGUUCAGUCUGGCGCUCCUCUCCAACCGUCCCCUGGCCCUGUGGAUGCUGCGUGCGGUCGCAGAAGUGGGCGCAGCCCGCAGGAUGGUCCGGAACGCCUCGCGCGCGGACUCUCAGGAAGGUGUUACGGCGGAGCUCUUCGCCGAAGCCAGCUCAGCGCCAACGCUGAAGCGCAUCUGCCGCGCGGUGUUCCGCAGGAAGUUGGGGUGGCGGGCAGACGCAGUGGCGAGUGCACUUCCACUGCCAGGUAGUAUCAGGGAAUUUCUCCUGCUCCGGGGAGACGUGUGACGUGCGGAGUGUUGCGUGUCUCUUAGAAACUGUGGAUGCGAAACAAGGAACGUGAGGGGCUUGGGUAAAUGCUUCGAGCAUUUGCUCGAUGGUGCGGUCAACUAUGGGAUUCCCUAAGUUACGGGUCGUUAAACUUUCAGGUCCGAAGGAAGCCCCAGGUCUCCAGAAAGACAGCAGAGAAACCUUUGUUCUUUGUGCAUUCUCGCAGUAAGAGUUCAUUGGCUUAUACAACCUUCGUUUAAUAUAAAAUCCUCGCUAGGGAGAAACGAUGCUUCAAAUGUGCCUAAACGGAAAGAAUACUGUAAUCAUUUGGUUGUUAUGUUUCAUUUCAAGUGAUCUCGUGUACUACCUCAUGUUCAUUAACUAUUACACCUUAAAGACAACCAGUCUUAAAGUAUUGUUUAUAUUUGUUGAUCUCCAUCAUUUUUUGUCUUUGUUUUGCAUCUUCUCAAAGAGGUUAUCUCCACUCGGGUAUUUGAGUACCAAACUUGCCUUUUUGAAAUUAACGUCCGCUUGGGUUGAGUUCUUAGCAAUAUUAUGUGAUUGCACUGAAACCAUAAAUGUAUAAUUUGUUUUGAUUUUGGACUGUAUGAUCAGGAGCUGUGGCCAAGUGUUAACGCACCGCAGCUCGUAGCAUCUGGAUGCGAGCUCACACUGCCAACUCAAGGAUCCUGAAUUCAGAUCGCACUCCUGUCCUGCUGGUUUGAAUAUGAGUGCAUAUUGUAUAGUGUGCCUUCAUGUGAUUGUGUCGAAUGUUGCACAUUAAAGAGGGCAUAAUAUUG